AUGGCUCCAUCAUCCGGUGGAAAGCAGGAAACGGAUGAGGGGGGGUCCGGAAGGGGAGCCGGGGGGAGCGGAAGGGGUUCAGGGGGGGGAAAUCUUACCCCUGAGGCGGCGGAGAAGCAGCUGCAGGCGCGGUGGGAGCGGAUAGAGGAGGCGCUGGGUGAGCUUCCGGAAGAUGACGAGGCGGAGGAGAAACUGAUGGCGCUUAAGGGACAAUGGUUUAAUGACGCCUUCGCCUUCCUCUCCGCGCUCCCCCCCUCCGCCCACCUGUGGUGUCGCCACCGCGCCCUCACCCAGCCCCUCCUGGAGCCCUUGUUCACUGACGCUUUUUCCUUCCUCUCCGCACUCCCCCCCUCUGCCCACCUGUGGUGCCGCCACCGAUCCCUCACUCAACCACUCUUAGAACCUUUCUACCACUACCACUCGGGCCCGCCCGACACGCGCGCCACACUGCACGCGCUCUGGGCGCGCAUGGCGGGGGAGAUGCGCGCCUGCACGCGCUGUGUGGCGAGAUACCACGCAGCGAAGAGAGUGUACGAGGAGGAAUAUGUGGAGGAAGUGGUGGGGCCUGUGUUGGACACGCUGAGGAGGUUGGAUGAGGAGAGGGUGGCGGGAGAAUUGAGGGCGCUGGUGGGUCGUGCUGGAGGGACGGGUGGUGGUGUUGGAGCUGGUUCUGGUGGUGUUUCGAGCGGUUCUGGUGGUGUUUCGAGCGGUUCUGGUGGUGUUGGUAGCGGUGCUGGGAGCAGUGGCAUGGCUGGAGGGCAGGUUUUGGAUGCAGAGAGGGACGGGCCGGGGGUGAUCUGCUUAAUGUUUGAGCUGCUCAUGUACCCACGUGUGCUGGAGGAUGCAGAGGUGUUCGCCCUCGCUGGCCCUGCUCUAGUGCUCGUGGAAAGGCAUUUCGACCUCUCACUCACCCCGGGGCAGCGAUACCCGGUGAGUCAGUGUAGGAGGGAGAAGGGCCGGCCCGGCCGGGGGGAGAGGGACGGGCCGGGGGUGAUUUGUGUCAUGUUUGAGUUGCUCAUGUACCCGCGUGUGCUGGAGGACGCAGAGGUGUUUUCCCUCGCUGGCCCUGCCCUGGUGCUCGUGGAAAGGCACUUUGACUUGUCACUCACUCCGGGACAAAGAUACCGGGGUCUGUACCAUGUCAUGCUGCAUCCCAUCCCAACAAAGACACUCGAGCCAUCGUCUAUACCCCACGGACAGGACUUCAGCAAAGUCACUAGAGCCAUCGUGUAUACCAUCGUCUAUCAUCCUCCUUUCCCCCUUCCCCCCACUCAGGGCCUCUACCAUCUCAUGCUUCAUCCCAACAAAGACACUCGCGCCAUUGUCUACACUCUCGCCAAGCCCCUCGGCCUCUUCAAAACAGCAGCAGAUUUGAGGCCCAUCGACCCCCUCCUGCAGCAGUGCAUGCACGUCCUGGAGUAUGACCUCUUUGAUACAAGCACACCCGCUACUGGCACAGGCACAGGCUCGGGAACAGGCUCGGCAGCAAUCUCGAGAACAGGCUUGGGAAGAGCCGGUGCUGCUGGUAACGCCACUGCCUCUGCGAGUGCGCAAGGGGGAGCAGGAGUUGGGGGUGGGAGGGAGGGGGGCGAGCGGCCUCGUGUGGUGCAUUCGAAGGAAGAUAUGUGGCAGGGACUGCUCACCAUCCUCUCGCUCAUGGCAGCACCUGCACUGGACGAGGGAGUGAUGGAGCGCUACCCGGCGUUCGUGAGCAUAGUUCUCCCAUGUGCCCAUUGCCUCCCCCACCCGCCCCAUCUUUCAACCUCCCUAAACCGCUCUCAACCUCUCCCAACUCCCAUCCCUCUCAGCCUGUCGCUCAUGGCGCCACCAGCACUGGACGAGGGGGUGGUGGAGCGCUACCCGGCUUUCGUGAGCAUAGUGCUGAACCACGUGGGGGAGGACACAUCUGUCUUCCGACCCGCCCUGGCAUGCCUCAGGAUGAUGCUGCAAGUCACAGGAUACAAGCUCUGGUUGCACUCGGCCUUCCCGCCCGGUGUCGUGCGCAACACGCUCAUCUCGCAGUGCUUCAACUCCUCCCACGAGCCCACCCACAAGCUCCUGCUUGACCUCCUGCCGCCCUUCCUGCAGUCUGUGGAAUCGCUGGAAACAGAGGAAUUCGAGAGGCAGCGGCGCAACAUCCUCUUCUUCCUGCUCAUCCAGCUGCCCAACAGCCGCAACUUCAGCACCACCACCAUCAAGAUCGCCCGUCGGAUCGCAUUCAGCCUCAUCCUGCACUCCUACCUACUCACUCCGCCUCUCCCGCCCACCGACUGUGCUGACAUCUGGGGGCCGCCCCUCGUGGGGGCAGUCAAGGACGCAUCUCUCCCCGACCCCCUCCGCCUGCCUGCCAUCCACCUCGCCCAAGCAAUCAUCACUGCCGAUACUGCUGCCCUCACCUCGCUCGCGCUCUCCCGAGCCUUCGCUGGCACUUCGGUGCUAGGUCCGGGCUCAGGUCCGGGCGCAGGUUCGGGGUUAGGUUCGGGGUUUGCUGUGGCAGGUGCGUUGUUUUCGCAGUCGCUGGUGUGCCCAGGGGAAGGGGAUGAGGGAGGGCAUGGAGGGGAGGGAGGUGGGGGUGGUGGUUCUGGUAUUUCUGGUGCUGCUGACACCAGCACAGGCCAAAUUUCCUCCUCCUCCACCUCCUCCCUCACCACCUCCUCCUCUUCUUCCUCUUUAUCCUCAAUCUCGGAGGGUUUGCCUCAAGACCAGCUGGACCGGCUUGCUGAGGUGGCGGCAGCAGAGAGCGACAGGUGGCAGUGUGCUCCCGCGCUCUGGUUGGAGCUACUAGAGCGAAAUCCCCCCCAGUGGUUACCAAAACCGUUACUCAGAGCAGCCGUUUGGGUGGCAGGGCACUUCUGUCUCUCUGCUUCCGCCGCUGCUGCGGCUGCUGGUACUGGUGGUGGUGGUGUUGGGGUUACAUCUGCUGGGAGUAAGCCUCUUGUUACCAGCGGUCCUGCAGUUACCAGCAGUGCGGUGGUUACAGCGGCUCUGCACUGGAGAUUGGCUCCUGGGGCGGGGGGAGGGGGGAGAGGGGCGAAAGCAGGGUGUGUGAAUGCGGUGGCAGCAGCAGAACACGAGGAGGAAUUAAGCGUCAUUCUGCAGAGGUGA